GUAGCCAGUAACCACAGUAAUUUACUUGAACUUGUUUCGCUUUGAAACUAUUUUAUUGUCAUCUUUUUCGUAUUGUGAUAAUGAAAAGUUUAUUAAAAUCGUAAACAUGUUGAGUCAAACUUCUACAGAAGCGUUACUUUCUGCAACUUAUGUUGAAAAUUACUUAGAUUGUGUCGAAAAUCUACCGAAUGACCUGCAACGACAUUUAUCGCGUAUGCGCGAGCUUGAUGUAACAUACAGAGAGUGUGUUCGAGAUGCAGAGACACAUAUUGCAGUCUGCAUUGCCACAAACACAGAGGAGAGACGCAGAGUGCGAGCUGCGGCACGAUUACAGUCAUCUCUUGUUGCUGCACAGGAAAUUGGAGAUGAGAAGUUACAAGUUGUGCAAUUACUGCAAGAUCUCAUAGAUAACAAACAGAGAUCUCUUGAUGCUGACCACAAGAAACUUGUUUCAUGCCUGGAUGUGAACACAAAUGGUACAACAAAAGAAGAACCUGCAACUCCAUUGGAAACUCCACGAACUACAGAUAAGGAUAGUGGCACAGUACAGCCUCAACCCUUGGCUGUUGCACCACCACCACCACCAGAGCGCAGUAACGAAAAGGAAAAGGAGAAAGUCGAAAGAGACAAAUCAGGAGGUGAAAGAUGGUCAAAACGCGCGCGGCGCUCACGUACAACUGCUGGUGCUGCUACAGACGGUGCAGACUCCAGUGAACGAGAUAGUGAAAGACAUGCACACAACACUUCCCAUAAGAAAGGUAUAGGUAAGAAGAAAAAACGCAAAGCAAGACAGACGGCACAACGUUCUGAAACUCCACCUGAAGAGACAGACGCAAUUGAUCCCGAUGAACCACGGUAUUGCCUCUGCGAUCAGAUAUCAUUUGGUGAAAUGAUUCUUUGUGACAAUGACCUCUGUCCUAUAGAGUGGUUCCAUUUUUCAUGCGUUUCUCUAACAACUAAACCGAAAGGGAAGUGGUUUUGCCCCAAGUGCCGCGGCGAUAGGCCCAACGUUAUGAAACCGAAGGGACAAUUUCUUAAAGAGCUUGAAAGGUACAACAGGGAAAAAGAAGAGAAAGCAUAGCGCCUAUCUGGCCAAUCGAAGAUUUAAAGUGGCUAUGGAUUCAAAGACAGUGCAAUCAUGCAAUCAACAGUACUGCAGUUCUAUACACUAUUGUAUAUUUAACAUAAAAUGUUUUUCUGUAAUAGGAUAACCUUAAAAAUAUAGUUAUCCAUAAUAUAGUAACUCUUCAUGCAGAUGUAUCGGUAGAUUCAUGUCGAAAAUAAUAUUUUAAAUAUCAUUUCAGUUAUAUUAAAUGAACCGAUUUUAAACUUAAUUUCUAUAACAGAAGUCUUGAUUCCAAGUUACAAAUAAUUAUUAUUAUUAGAAGAAUCUCUAUUUAUGUUUGAAAUUAGAACAGAGUAAAUGAAAAAAUAACUAUUUUGGUUGAAACAAAUAUGUUUUAACAAAUAUACAUUAUGAAGGUAUAGUUAUAUAAAUACAUUCUCGUAACUAACCAGUAAUGACUUUGCAAUUUUGCAUUUUCGACAGCUAUUUUGUAGAAAACUAUUCUCAUAAUAUAGUGUUGCCAAAAGUGGAGCGAUUACGCACAUUUAUUCCCUCGUUCCAACGAUGUGAUAAAUUGUUUACUUGUAGAUUAAUACAUGUGGUAUUUGAUGUAAAUAAUUUAAUUUUAAUAUAGUUAUUUACGAAGAAUAAAAUGCGCGUAGUCAACUCUUGUCAAUAAAUUGAAUAUAAGAUUAAUAACAAUAGUUUUAUUUCAUUGUAUUUACUACUGUCCUAUAAAAAUCCAAUGCUUGUAACAUCAAAUUCUGCAAUAAAUAAACUUUAGAAACAUGAAUAGUGAAGAUUCAUACCUAUUAUUUUUAAUGACAAUUAUUAAACUGUUAAUGAAAAACCUGGGU